AUGGAAACUAUAUCUGCCAGCCAGUGGUGGCUGGACUAUAAAAUCCCUUUGUCUCAACACCGUGUUGUUGUGCCUCCUGUCCGUGACCAUCAGCCAGACAGAAUCCAGAUACGAAGGCCUGGAAAUCCAAAAGUGGACAACAAACCUAAGUCAAAAAUUUCAGCUUCUCGAAAACUUUCUUUGAAGAUAAUGCUUCUAAACAGAGCGAUGGAGGAUUUGGAGAAAGAAAAACAGGACAGGGAAGAAGAGAAAAAUGGUUACCUCAAAGAAAAACACCCUCCUUUACAUCUUUCUGGACUCUCUCUGGCAGAGUUACAGAAUCUGUGUAAGCAGCUCUAUGCCAAAAUUGAUGUAGUAGAUGAAGAGAGAUACGACUAUGAGGAUAAAGUCAACAAGCACAACAAAGAUAUCAAUGAGCUUAAGUUGAAAGUUCAGGAUCUAGGUGGGAAGUUCAAGAAACCUGCCCUGAGGAAGGUGCGUGUGUCUGCUGAUGAGAUGAUGAGGGCCUUGCUGGGCUCCAAACACAAAGGCUCCAUGGACCUCCGUGCAAAUCUGAAGUCAGUCAAGAAGGAGGAUAUCAAGCAAGAAAAGGUCUUGACGACUGAGGUAGGUGACUGGCGUAAAAAUGUGGAAGCCAUGUCUGGAAUGGAGGGAAGAAAGAAGAUGUUUGACGCUGCUGGGGGAGGCCAGUAAAGCCCUUCAUAAAACCAGCCUUACCUUCUGGACGGUCUUUUCAGAGAAGAUAUAAAAUGGAAGGGAUGAGAGUGAAGUGUUUUCUUGCUUUGUUGACCUUUCUGAGCGGCUGUUUUUCCAAGCCAAACCAUAGUAACUGAUAAGUAUUAGUUGACCCCAAAUUUAAAUCCUUCAAUUAUUUGCUCAUCCUUUUGUUGAUUCUCACAUAACUGACAAUGCUCU